AUGUCUGGGUCAUACACCGAUGAUACUAGCGCGGGGGAGCGCGGUGCAUUCCAGCUACGUCCUCGCCAGGACCCAGGUGAGGGCUCAGAGCCCAAGAAAGAGAGCGUUGAAGACGACACGGUCAAUCCGAAGAAUCAGAGGCUGGCUUCUGGAAGCGGAAAUGGACCGACAGAUAGACGAUCUGCGACAGGGUACAUGCCGAUUGAAGACUAUGGACUAAUUGGGAACUUGAGGACGUGUGCUAUGGUCGCCACAGAUGGUGGGCUCGACUACAUGUGUUGGCCCAACUUCGACUCACCUUCAGUGUUUUGUCGGAUCUUGGACAAGGACAAAGGCGGCCACUUUACUAUACAUCCGAACCACGAAGACCUCUGUACAACAAAACAACACUAUUUGCCCGGAAGCAAUGUCCUCCAAACCCGCUAUCUGCAAGAGGAGGGUGUGAUGAAUGUAGUGGAUUUCCUGCCGCGACCGAAUGAUAAGAGCAUGGACGCGCAGUACCAUACUCAAGUUCUUGCCAGUAAACAUACCGGAGAAGUACCCGAACGAACAGAUUUGAGAAAAUGGUUGGUACGCAGAGUCGAGUGCAUGCGUGGAGAGAUCGACGUGAAUGUUGAGGUUCGUCCAGCCUUCAACUAUGCACAAGAUGAGCAUACGACCGAGAUUCUCAACUACGGCGCCCAGGGAGAGCAUGAUCAGAGAGUUGUGUUUAAGUCGAAGAAUUUGUCCCUGCAGCUGAACACAACCAUCGAUUGUGGCGAAGACGAUACAGCUUGUCCCAGGAUCGUUUUCGUGAAAACACCGGGAUCUGAGCUUGGAAGUGCAGUCACCACUAACUUCCGCUUGUCUGAGGGCCAAGCGGUUUCAUUCAUCUUGAGAGAUGCUGAUGAUCAUACCCCGGAUCACAUUGAUACUGAUCUGGUAGAUAAGCUGCAAAUGGACACUGUCAAAUUCUGGAACAGAUGGAUUGGCGCUUCGAAGUAUAAUGGCCGCUGGGAUGGUGUCGUGAACAGGAGUCUUCUAAUACUCAAGAUGCUCAUCUUCGAACCCACGGGUGCCAUUAUUGCUGCGCCAACUUUCUCAUUGCCAGAGGACUUUGGAGGUACACGUCAGUGGGAUUAUCGUUUCAGUUGGGUGCGGGACUCAUCAUUCACAAUCUACAUCUUCCUCCGUAUGGGCUACAGCUAUGAGGCAGAGGCUUACUCAGGCUUCAUGUUCCAGCGUAUUGACGAGGCUAAGGAACGUAAGAUGAAUGGCCUACCUAUCAUGUUCACAAUCAAAGGGGAAACAGAUAUUCCGGAGAUCGAACUCGGCCAUUUGGAAGGCUACCGGGCUAGCAAACCGGUCCGGAUUGGCAACGGCGCAGCGUUCCACGUACAGCUCGAUAUAUAUGGAGAGUUGAUGGAUGGCAUCUACCUUCUCAAUCGGUUCGGGAAGCCUGUUACCUACGACCAGUGGCUGCGUGUACGGGAGAUUGCAGACUAUGUCUGCGGAGUGUGGAAGGAAACAGACAUGUCAAUCUGGGAGGUUCGCGGCCAGAAGCAGAACUUCGUGUACAGCAAGAUUCAGAUGUGGGUUGCUAUUGACAGAGCCCUGCGCCUUGCAGACAAACGGGGCUUCCCCUGCCCCCACCGCCAAGAGUGGUACAAAGUACGCGAUGAGAUUUGCGAAGAGGUUAUGGACAAAGGAUACAACAAGGAGCUUGAAUGCUUCAUUCAGAGUUAUGAAGCUGACGACGUUCUGGAUUCGGCUGUGCUGAUAGCGCCACUCGUUUUCUUCAUUGCACCUACGGAUCCUCGAUUCCUGAAGACUUUGGAUCGUAUCUUGAAAGCGCCAGAGAAGGGCGGCCUUACAAGCACAGGCCUCGUCUACCGGUACAAUACCCUAAAGAGCGACGAUGGCGUUGGUGGCCGAGAGGGUGCCUUUUCAAUGUGCACGUUCUGGCUCGUUGAAGCUCUUACACGGGCGGGCGCCUAUGAUGACAAAUAUCUGAGGAAGGCUGUCGACAUAUUCGAAAACAUGCUGAGCUUCGGUAAUCACCUGCAUAUAUUUUCCGAAGAGAUUGCGCGCUCUGGCGAACAGCUUGGAAACACUCCGCAGGCUUUCAGUCACUUGGCCUUGAUUUCGGCAGCUUUCAACUUAGACAAAACGCUGGCAACGCAACACAGACGGUAG